AUGAGCGACUGGGUCCCACGCGAUAUUUGGCGCGUCACAGGAAAUCGCGAUUGUCAGACUUUUUCACAAAGUUCUACAAAGAAAAAUUUUGAUGAUCUUCGUGCUCGACGCGAAAGGAGAAACCUCUGGGAGACUAUCCAAGUUGGCGGCAGCGGUGCUCGAAGUGACGGAAGUGAGGCUAGCGAUUACGAUCCGCUGAUUUUGGUGGUGGUGGUGGUGGUGGUGACAGCGCUUGUACUGUACAGACAUCUUUUGUAUUGUCCAGAGGAUGAAGAUGAGGAAAUUAUCAAGAAUUCCAGGGCCAACCAUCGUUUUCCAGAAACCGGAAGUAACGACUUUGGCAUCUCUCCAGAGAAAGAUAGGGCUACGGUUGUACAGUAUGAGUAUGAACGCGUUCACUGUCAAUUUGCCUUAAUCGUCGCGAAAAACCGCAUGGGACCGCACGGUGCCGAAUUUCCCUACGAGACACCUUAUAACGCUCCACCACCUAUACGUGCCGCGUCUACGAGCGAGCGCAGAAAGAUCGAUGCGGUUUAG